GUACAAUAAGUAAGAAUCAUUGGAGUGAUAGAUAACUAAGUAACCCAAGCUACAAUUAAUGGAGUUUUCUCUCCCAUUCCUAAACACUGCCGUAGCUGGACUCUUUGCCAUACUUCUAUUUUCGUUCUAUUUCAUACAAAAGUUUAGGGCAGCUUCCAAUGCCAGGGGUUCCAAACCACCAAAAUUGGCAGGUGGGUUGCCUCUGCUAGGUCAUCUCGAUCUAUUCAGAGGAUCCCAGCUUCCCCAUAUAACCUUGGGAGCCUUGGUUGACAAAUAUGGACCAAUCUUCACCAUCAAAAUUGGCAUCCACUCAGCUCUGGUGAUAAAUACUUGGGAGGCUGCCAAGGAGUGCUUCACCACCAAUGACUCGAUUGUUUCCUCCCGUCCCGCUACCCUAGGGAUUAAGCACUUGAGCUAUGACUUUGCUAUGUUCGGCUUUAGUCCCUACGGUUCAUACUGGCGCGAAAUACGCAAACUUAUAUCCAUCGAGCUACUCUCAAACCGAAGGCUCGAGUUACUCAAAAGCGUUCGAGUAUCCGAAGUGGAGAUGAGUUUAAAAGAGCUGUACAAGCGAUGGACCGAAAGAAAAGAUGGUGCAUCGUCGGGCGAUAUUUCGGUGGAGAUGAAAAGGUGGUUUGGGGAUUUGACUCUAAAUGUGGUUUUAAGGAUGAUUGCCGGAAGGAGAGACUUUAAUGUUGUUAAUGGCAAUUUGAAUGAUGAAGAGGCAAGAACUUGGCAAAACGCCGCGAGGGAGUUCUUUCGGUUGGUGGGAAUGUUUGUGUUGGGAGAUGCUAUUCCUUGGCUUUGGUGGUUGGAUUUGGGUGGUCAUCAGAAGGCUAUGAAACAAACUGCCAAAGCGUUGGACAGUAUUGUUAUGGGAUGGUUGGAGGAGCACAAGCAGAGAAGAGCUAAAGGCCAUGAUCAGCAAGAUUUCAUGGGUGUGAUGCUCUCAGUCCUUGAUGGAGCACAUGUUUCAGGCUUCGAUACUGAUACAGUCAUCAAAGCAACAUGUUUGGCUUUGAUUGCUGGAGGGAGUGACACAACGACGGUGACUCUGAUAUGGACACUCUCGCUACUUUUGAACAACCGUCACGCUUUGAAGAAAGUUCAUGAAGAACUAGACAAGCAUGUUGGUAAAGAAAGGCUAGUGAACGAAUCAGAUAUCAGCAAUCUUGUCUACCUGCAAGCAACUGUUAAAGAAGCAAUGCGUUUAUGUCCUGCUGGACCACUCUCUGGCCAAAGGGAAUUCACCGAGGACGGCACGGUCGGAGGCUACCAUGUUCCGAAAGGCACGUGGCUGUUGGUGAACCUGUGGAAGAUCCAAACCGAUCCACGGGUUUGGGCUGACCCGAUGGAGUUCAAGCCGGAGAGAUUUCUCACCACCCAUAAAGAUAUUGAUGUUAGGGGUCAGCAUUUUGAGCUCAUGCCUUUUGGUAGUGGUAGGAGAGCAUGCCCUGGUAUAACUUUUGGCCUUCAAGCGACGCUUUUGACUCUGGCUGGUUUUCUACAUGCGUUUGAUGUCUCAACUCUGAAAAAUGCGCCGGUUGAUAUGACCGGAAGCGUUGGACUUACGAACAUGAAACUCACCCCUCUCGAUGUCCUCGUUAAACCGCGCUUGUCUUCCCAAAUCUUUAUGAAUUAGUUACCCGUUUAGUAUCCUUAUACGGUUUGUGCAGUAUGUAUGUUCCAUUUCUAGUCAGCAUCUUAAUUGUUAUCUGAAUGUCUAUCUAUUGGAAAAACUUCUGGAUAUAUACGUUUAAGACAUAUCUGCAGAUGAGGACAUAAUUAAAUUUUGUGGUUUGUGUUACUCAA